AUGUUUCUAACAUCCUUUUUUAUUUCAGCAAAAUCUCUACCAGUCCACUGUAUAGUAGAAGCUAUAUGUUCAUUAGAAGAAAGCCGAACAUUGCAACAUGGAGUCUGGAGAAGGCGCCCAAUGAUCGAAAUAGAUACAUACGUCAUAAUUCCUGUAGGAACCCCUUUCCACAAUCUAGUUCAGGCAGCUCUUUUCCGCUUAGGAUACUCUUCAGAAAGUGCAGCUGCAGCCAAAGGCUCGAUACUUAUCAAGAAUUGGAAAGCUCUCAGCUUUGAUCAGAUUUCUGAUGACCCUCUUAUUACAGUUGGGGAUAUAUUGGGGGAACUUUCCACCGUAGCUACGUUAAGAAUACAGGUUUUUAGAGGAAGACCUGGAGUUCUCAACGAGAUUAAGGAUAAGCUGCUCAGAUUUUUGCUGCUACAGUCACACGGAUUGCUGUUAUCAUCUGGAUGCCCUUUGGACGAGAUUCUUCUAUCUCAACUGUGCCGGAGUACAAACCCCUCCGCAGGCCCUCUUCCGGAGAUCUCGGAAGAAAAUCGUCGCAAGUUUGACCAGUGGUGGACAACACAAAUAAAUCCCCAGUCACCAGCUGGAAGAUCCCAGUUCGUGCCAUCUUACCCUAAUCAGUAUUCAGUUCCACCUCAGGCUGCUACACCAAUGGAACGAGGGUUGCCUGAAACCCAUCCGGCAAUGCAAACUGUACACAGUCAAUUUCCAACGCAAAAGACAAGAAUGAGGACCAGUUUUGAUCCAGAGCUAGAGCUUCCAAAAUUGCAGAGAUGGUUUACAGAGAACCAGCAUCCAAGUAGGCAACAAAUUCAGCAAUAUGUUAAGGAACUAAAUAGCUUGGAGUCCCGUAGGGGUAGGAAACCCUUGGACAUUAAUAAUGUUGUUUACUGGUUUAAAAACGCUAGAGCUGCCCAGAAAAGGGCUGAAAUAAGGAAUGUGUCAACUCCUAACUUGCAAUGUCACAUGGGUGUGAAUGGAUAUAGCAAUCACAGUCCUACGAAUGGCGGGGGGUUUCUGUUAGCUGACAGCUACCUAAAUUCCGAUAGACUAGCUGAACACAGGCUGAAAAAUAGUCUGGCUAGAAGACAGUUGCAAAAUUCUCACACAUCUGACGAAUUUUCCAAUGCCGGAUCUGAUAUGGAAGACGAAGAUAUGAACGAGGUCCAACCUUCCAGUCCCACGGGACCCUUGUCGCUCACCACCCGUAAGGAUUCCAGGGAGGCUAGCCCUCGAUCUUCUACCCCUCCACCCCCACCGGACAUACAAAUUGAAAAUUGCAAAGAAGAGCCCAAAGAUGAGCCGAUAUUUAACCAACCUGGAGACCACGUCAACCCCAAAACGUCUCUGUCGGACGGAGAAGACGAAGAGAUCGAAUCGUCGCCAUCGCCCGCAGGAAAUCGGCCGUUGAUGCAACGAUACUGUUCCCCGCCGCCGGAUGUGGAUAAUCAGCUUAUACCCCGAACCCCAGACGGUUUGGAUAGAUUAGCAGCGGGAUUCCCGGUCCUGCCAAACUCCAUGUUUAGCCAUAGUAUUAUGUAUAUGAGUCAUUAUAUGCCGGGAUUAUCCCACCCGGCCACCACCCCUCCCAGCUCGUCCCUUGCCAUGGCCAGUUUAACUGCUGACGAACGAAGGAAGAGGAAUCGCACGUUUAUAGAUCCUGUUACCGAAGUUCCAAGGUUAGAACAGUGGUUUGCACUUAAUACACACCCCUCACACAAUUUGAUUCUUAAAUAUACAGAGGAAUUAAAUUGCAUGGCCUAUCGACAAAAAUUUCCUAGGUUAGAACCAAAAAACGUUCAAUUCUGGUUUAAAAAUAGAAGGGCUAAGUGUAAAAGGCUCAAAAUGUCUUUGUUUGAUAGUCAAACUGGUACUUACCACCACAAUGAUCGUGAUUAA